CGUUCGCACUUCGCUAUCAACUGGCGGCAUCGCAGCAAAAAUUUUCAAUUUUUUAAUAAAUCCAAUUGGAAUGAACCUUUAAUUAAUAGUUUAUAGUAUUAACGUAGCAAUAGAAAUGCCGUUAACAGCAAGACAAAGAAGUAUACAUAAUAAAAAUGGCGCCAAAAGAUCAGCUAGUAUGAGUAAAGGCAAACGAACGAGAAAAUCAAGCGAAGGAGAGUAUCUAGUAUCAAGUGCGCCGACCGAUUUACGUAGCAUAUCAUACCCUGGUGGUGCUGUCGCGCUGGCCCUGUUGCUAACAGCUAGACUCAUAUCUGCGUAUUGGGGACAUAUAGCAGAUUGUGAUGAAACAUAUAAUUAUUGGGAGCCGUUGCAUUAUUUAGUAUACGGCAGCGGCCUACAAACAUGGGAGUACAGUCCAGUGUACGCUAUCCGGUCGUACAUGCCACUAUGGCUGUUUGCAGUGCCUGCGAAGGUGCUGGCCAUCUUCAUGGCGCCUGUCACUGUGUUUUAUGCAAUUAGAGUAGUGCUGUCUGCGUUAACGGCGUGUGCUGAGCUUAUGUUUUAUAAAGCCGUUUGCCACGAGUUUGGCGUUCAUGUGGGCAGAGUAUGGCUCUGUCUUACCCUGCCCGCGGCCGGUAACUUUGCGUCCUCCGCAGCAAUGCUGCCCUCCGCUUGGAGUUCAGCUCUCGUGAGCGCUGCGUUGGCGAGCUGGUGGCGAAGACGGUACGCGGCUGCUGUUAUGUUCACUGCGGUCACGAGUUUGUUGAGCUGGCCAUUCACCGCACUCCUGGGUCUUCCAAUCGCAAUUGACAUGCUCAUUCUAAAGAAACAAUUCAAAGAGUUCUUCAAAUGGUCUAUCAUUGCUUUACUCGUGAUCCUACUACCAACGAUAGCAGUGGAUUCAUGGCAUUAUGGUCGGUUGGUGAUUGCUCCAUGGAAUAUAGUGGCGUAUAAUAUAUUCACUGAGCAUGGCCCUGAUUUGUAUGGUGUAGAACCCUGGACGUAUUAUUUCGUGAACGGAUUCCUGAAUUUUAAUGCUGUUUGGGUGCUGGCGCUAUGCUGCCCACUGCUGCUCGCCUCGUGCCUCGUGCUGGUCCGCUCCACAGCCCGGGCGCCGUUCUGCUCGCCGUACUGGCUCAGCCUGAUGCCGCUCGCGCUGUGGCUCGCCGUGUUCAUGGCGCAGCCGCACAAGGAGGAGAGGUUCCUGUACCCGGUAUACAGUAUGAUAGUGCUAGCGGGCGCCAUAUCACUGGACUGCGUGCAGAAGAUGACGUUCGCGGUGGGCUCGGAGCUGCUGCGCGUGUACCGGUCGCGGCGGCACUACCUCGCGCACACCACGCCGCUCGUGGUGGCCGUGGUGCUGGUGGUGGGGGCUGCCAGUAUAUCGCGUAUAGCGGCCCUUUACCACAACUACCACGGGCCCAUGGCCAUCCUGCGCCAUCUACCACCAACGGACACCACUACGUACGUGUGCUUUGGCAAAGAGUGGUACAGAUCACCAUCGAGCUUCCAUCUAUCACCAAACUAUCAUAUACGGUUCGUGGCCAGCGAGUUUGGUGGACAAUUGCCAGCACCAUACAGUGAAGCUAGUAAUGCCACUCGCCUCAUCCAUCCAUAUUUCAACGACCUUAACAAGGGAAAUAAUUCGACCUACCUCCAACCAUCUCAAUGUAACUACCUCGUCGAUUCAGACAUUGGACAAGCCACAGAGCUACAACCGUUUUAUCAUACAGACACGAAAAAUUGGGAGAUAUCUUCCUCAGUUCAUAUAUUGGACGCGUCUAAAUCUAAUAAGGUCUUCAGAGCUUUUUAUGUGCCCGGUCUUUCUUAUAAGUAUGUAGUGUAUGCGAAUUUAUAUCUAUUGAAGAAUAUUAAUAUUUAAUUUUUAUACUAUUGUUGUAAGUUUUGAUUGAACUGUUUUUGGAAGUACAAAACUGAAGAAAUGAACCAAAAAAUGUUUUUUUUUUCAGUAUUUAUAAGAUGUAAAGUCCGGACGCGAACUAGGAAGAAUUUCGUACAUUAGCCUGUUAUUACCUGUCACUGUCACUCCCGCGUAAAUAUAAUGUGUCUUGCUCGCUUAGAUGCAAUGACCGCCGUCCUUAGGGAUUGUACACCUUUAACCUGAGAGCGUAAGGUAUGUUCUUGAUUGCAUGUGGUUUUUUUAUUGACCUUGAGUCACGACAAAAUGUAUCGUAUAAUAUAUCGUGGUUAUUGAAAAAAAUUAAAUGUAACUAAUAAGUAUUGUAAAUGAAUAAAGGACAUUUAUUUAAUAAGUUAGUAAAAAACAUUUUCUCCUCUAAAUAUUUCAUGUAAACUGCACUUCAUUCAAAAAUGUUUGUGACCACUGUUAGUAGGUAAAGAGGUCAUUGUACGAAAUUCUUCCUGCUCCGCGACCGGACUUUAGUUAUACCACAGACUAAUAAUAAUAUACUACGUAUACAAGUUAUACUAUAAAAUGUCUUUGAUAUCAAUUCAUUAUUUUUCAAACGAAAGAACUACUAAAAAAACUUCCACAGAUAAUAAACGUUAGAUAUAAGUUAAUAUAAUACGUAAUAUAAAAUAUAAUAUAUUAACUGACUGCAAUACAGUAAUUCUAGUCAUAAAUAAAACUAAGUUUAGGGCAAGUAGAAAGUUGGGUUGUAUUUUAUAAUGAAAAUUGACACAGGUUAUCAAAAGUGCAAUAAGGUUAUUUUAUAAGUAAUAGAUUUUCUUUCAUAUCUAUAAUAUUUUUUGUCAAUUGAAACUGAAUGUAAUAUUUAGUUUUAUAACAUACGAAUUCAAGUUUCUUAUUCUGAAGAUGUUUAUUAUAUAUUAUACAUAUAUAUAAUAUUAUAUUCUUUAAAUAUGUUUAUUUAGAGUUUUAUGUUCAAACAAACGUUUAAACGAGCUUAUCUCAGGAACUACUGGUUCGAAUUGAAAACUGUUUUUGUAUUGUAUAGUCCCAUUAUCGAGUUAGAAUAUAAUUUAUCACAUAAUGCUAUUUGUCAAAAGAUGCUUUCAUAAAAUGUUACAAAAAUGUGGAAAAUAUUAUUUUUUAGAGCAAAAAGUAAUUGGUAAGAAGUUGAUCUCUGCAGUCGAAACAAGAAAAAAGCAAUAUGUUUUGUAAGAAAUAUUGUAUUUUAAAAUAUGUGAGCUUUGUAAUUAGGUAAAUUGCACCUAAGGGUCAACUCACACCAAAAGAGCGGCGAAGCGCAGCGAAGCGGAGCGCAGUUUCAGUGCCAUAUGAAUUUUAA